AUGUCGCUCCUCUCCCUCCUCACCUUCUUUUUCUUCUCCGCCUCGCUGCGGUCGGGCGUCUUGGGACGCCCGUCCCAUCCGGCCACCAAGGGUCCCAUCAAGAAUGUUGUGGUCCUGGUGGAGGAGAACCUGUCCUUUGACGUGUUCGCCGGCGGUCUGACCUACAACAAGAAGAUCGAUGGCCUCGUCGAUCGCGAGUACUGUAACCCGGCCAACGUCACAGACGCUUAUUCCAAGCGCGUGUGUGCGAAGCCCAUCGCGAAGAAUGUCGCCCCCGAUGAUCCGGAUCACAGUAUCACCGGCGGCAACCAGCAGGUGUACAGCACGUACCACCCCAACGCCAAGAACGACAUGCCGGACAUGCAAGGCUUCGUGUCCGAGCAGAUCGCCGCCUACGGUCUGGACGCGGACCUGACGCGGGCGGCCGAGGUCAUCAACUACUACACCCCCGACAUGGUCCCCGUCUUCAACGCCAUGGCCGAGAACUUUGUGCUCUUCGACCGCUGGUUCGCCGCCGUCCCGGGCCCGACCAAUCCCAACCGGGCCUACCUGACGUCGGGCACGUCGCACGGCCACGGCAAGAAUGACCGCGACUUCGACACCUCCUCCCUGCCGCAGGAGUCCAUCUUCGAGCAGCUCGACAAGGCCGACAUCAGCUGGAUGAACUACUCCAACACCACCAACUUCAACCCGGACUCCAUGUUCUACAACUGGACCGCCUCCUCCGGCAAGGGCGACACCAACGUCAAGCGCAUCGACCAGUUCUACAAGGACGCCAAGGACGGCAACCUGCCGCAGUUCACCUGGAUCAACCCGGAGUGCUGCUCCUACACCUCCUUCCACCCGCCCUCGCCCAUCAACAUGGGCGAGAACUUCAUCAAGAGCGUCUACGAGGCCCUGCGCGGCUCCCCGCAGUGGAAGGACACGCUCUUCAUCCUGACCUUUGACGAGCACGGCGGCUUCGCCGACCACGUCGCCCCGCCCGAGAACGUCCCCGCCGGCGACGACCUGACCUACACCGAGAAGGCCCGCGACGGCAAGCAGUCCACUUUCCAUUUCGACCGCCUGGGCAUCCGGGUUCCCACGGUGCUGAUGUCGCCCUGGGUCGGCAAGGGCGUGAUCCAGAACAGCCCCAAGGACCAGCCCAACGAGUUCACCCACACCUCCAUCCUCAAGUACGUGUCGGAGCUGUGGGGGCUCGACCCGCUGACCCCGCGGGUGGAGUGGUCGCCCAGCUUCAAGAGCCUGAUCACAAAUACCUACCGGGAUGAUACCCCGAAGAAGCUGCCUUCUGCGGCGGGUUAUUGA